UCUAUGGGCACAUGGUGAUGGCAGCUUUUCGCAGCUCAGCUCCCAGGGCUGGAUUCCCUCCAGGCUGGGCCCUUGCUCUGUCAGAGCCCGGCUGUGUGUGCUCACACCUUUGUCUGUCUGUCCCUGAGCCUCCAGCUCUGCCCCAGCCCCUCAGCUCAGGGAGGAUUCCCAGGGCACACAGGAGGGUAAAACCCAGAGCUGGGGAACAGCCGAUCCUGUGCUCACCCUGUGCUGAUGAGGGCAGUUCAGCGGGGCUGAUGUGGAUUUUGUGGGGACAAGGAGCACAAUCCCUGUGUCCCUGUGUCCUUGUGUCCCUGUGUCCCUGUUUAUCCUGUUGGCUGGGACACAGCAUCACCCCUGGGUGCUGCACAGGGCUGGGAGGGGAGCCUGGGAGCCGUGAGUCCCCCUGAUGGCAGAACGGAGACUGCUCGUGCUCUUUGGCAGCCAGACUGGGACAGCCCAGGACACGGCAGAGAGGGUUGGGAGGGAAGCCAAGCGCCGGCACUUGCGGUGCCGAGUGGAGGCCCUGGACAGCUGUGAUGUGGCCAACCUCAUCCAUGAGCCUUUGGUGGUGUUUGUGUGUGCAACCACCGGCCAGGGAGACCCCCCUGACAACAUGAAGAUGUUCUGGCGGUUCCUGUUCCGGAAGAGCCUCCCUGCCGGCUCCCUGUGCCAGCUGGACUACGCCGUGCUGGGCCUCGGGGACUCCUCCUACCCCAAGUUUAAUUUCGUUGCAAAGAAGCUGCACAAACGGCUGCUCCAGCUUGGGGGCAACCCGCUGCUGCCAGUGGCCUUGGGAGAUGACCAGCAUGACCUGGGGCCAGAUGCAGUGAUUGAUCCCUGGCUCGUGGCCUUAUGGGACAAGGUCCUUGCCUUGUAUCCUCUCCCUCCUGGCCUUGAGAUCAUCAGUCCCGACGUGCGCCUGCCCCCCACGUACACCCUGCACUACGUGCCCGAGGAGUCCCCGUGGCCGGGCAGGGAGCGGCUGCAGCCGGCAGCGCCCCGGGCUGCUCCCUGUGAGCUCCAUCCCUUCGCUGCCCGCGUGCUGUCCAACCGCAGGGUCACGGCACAAUCCCAUUUCCAGGACGUCCGGCUCCUCGAGUUCGACAUCGCGGGCUCAGGGAUCACGUUCAGUGCAGGGGACGUGGUGAUGAUCCAGCCCCAGAACUGCCCCGAAGAUGUGCAGCAGUUCUGCCAGCUCCUGCGCCUGGAGCCCCACAGACGCUUUGUGCUGGAGCCCACGGAGCCCGGCACGUCCCUCCCUCCCCUCCUGCCACAGCCCUGCACCAUCCAGUACCUGGUCACACACUACCUGGACAUCUCCUGUGUGCCACGGCGCUCCUUCUUCGAGCUCCUGGCCUACUUCUCCACCAAUGAGCUGGAGAGGGAGAAGCUGCAGGAGUUCAGCUCAGCACAGGGCCAGGAGGAGCUGUACAGCUACUGCAACCGGCCCCGCAGGACCACGCUGGAGGCCUUGUGGGAUUUCCCUCACACCACGUGUGCCAUCCCAGCUGAUUACCUGCUGGACCUCAUCCCUCGCAUCAGACCCCGCGCCUUCUCCAUCGCCUCCUCCCUGCUGGCCCAUCCCGAGCGGAUGCAGAUCCUCGUGGCCGUGGUGCGGUACAAGACACGGCUCAGCAAACCCCGCCGUGGGCUCUGCUCCACCUGGCUGUCUUCUCUCAGCCCAGACAAGGGUGAUGUCCACGUGCCCCUUUGGGUGAAGAAAGGAGGAAUGAAGUUCCCAGAUGACCCUGCCAUCCCUGUGAUCAUGAUUGGCCCUGGCACAGGGGUGGCACCUUUCCGAGCUGCGAUACAGGAGCGGGUGGCACUGGGACGCACAGGGAACUGCCUCUUCUUCGGCUGCCGACACAAAUCCAAGGACUUCUACUGCCAGACAGAGUGGGAAGAGCUGGUGACAAAGGGCUUCCUGACACUCUUCACAGCCUUCUCCAGGGACCAGGGAAGUGUCUGGCUAAGUUCAGCUGGGAAGGUUGCUGGGACAAGGCUGGAGAGCAGCAGAGCAGAUAAGGCUUUAACCAGCUUUGUUUGGCUGGACCACGUGAGUGAUAAAAGGCUCCCAAGCCUCUCGGAGGGUCACCAGGCAAUAACUUCUUGGUUGAGUACAGCCUCCUCACAGUGUCCCUCUGGGCCCUGGCUGAAGCUGAGGAGCUUGGCCUCUGUGCCAGCUCUCUGUGAGUCCCUGGAGGAGAGCUCCCCAUGGGUGUGAGCACACCCAGAACUCAGCCCCUCACUUUGCUUCCUGCUUCCCCAGGCAGUGUCUGUGGUGGGCAGCCCUGAUCCCCCUUGGGGCUGCAGUGCUGUCAGAGAGGCUCUCUGAGCUGGGGAUCUGUUUCACUGCCUUCCUCUGUCCCUGGAUGGCACUGAAAGCUCAGCCUGGCUCUGGAACAGAGAUGUGAUAAAAAGGGAAUGGGGAUCUCUCAGUAGCUCAGCUGCACCAGCCCCAGCCCUUUCUCCUGGCUGUGUGCAUGUGUUGACAUGAAUUCAGCAUCUUUUAUCCACUCACUUGUGAGACAGGAGCUGGCUGCUUCUGUGAAGGCUUUCCAAGCCUGUGAUGAACAGGAGCAGCACUGCAGAGCGUUGUUGAAUGACCAGUGAAGGGGCACCUGCUGCUCUCUGAAUCUGGAGACUGUGGAGGGACAGGGCUUGCACUGGAGUGUCCCCUCUCUCCUGCUCCACAGGCCAAAGCAAUUUGUCACCUGAGUCCUCUGCCCCCAAGGCUGACUGGCCAGGUGGGACGAGCCACAUUGGGCUGUUGUGCCUUUGGCUCCAGGAGAUACCAGAGCCUUUAACUCAUCCUUGUCAGACCCAGGUGAGGGCUGGGAUGCUCCAUAACUGAGCAAGGUUUUGCUCUUCUCUCUGAAGUCCCUUUGCAGUGUCCCCUGUCCCAGCACAUCUGCCCUCAGUGCAGGCUGGUCCCAGAUAACGUGGGUGCCCUGAGACAUCGUGGCCCCCGUUUGUCACUGGGCUGCUCUGGUUUCCAGGCCCUUAGAUGAUCCCCUGGGAGCCCAGCCUGGCUGGCAGGGCCUCUGGCAGCACCAAGCUCGUUAUGGUUAAUGAAGCUGAGGCUGUCUGUGCUGGUGAGGGCACUGCCCAGGGGGAGCCGUGCCCAGGCUGAGCUGUGGGACUCACAGUGACCAGCUCCUGUGGGCUGGAGCUGCUCAGGGCUGCUCCCACACACAUCUCCAGCCUGCAGGAGCUGA